GGGGGGCUGUAUUUUAAUGGAGGUUUUCAGAACUCCAAGAAUUCCUCCCUUUAUUUAAUCGAAGUCGGGAUGCGUUCUUCCAGCCAAAAUGGAUUGCAUGGACGAGAAAUGCCUGAUUCCAAGCAAGUUCCACGAAAUGGUUAAGAGCCCAAGUGCCUGUUCGCGAGUUCACAGCAUCGACGUGAUCCUGGGAUUUGCAAAGGAUCAAUCCCUGCUCAACUCUGCACCCCUCUCUUCCAAGUCCCUCCAGGAGACCGGGCAGUCCCAGCAGAGUGACCGCUACAGCCACGUCCCCUCCCUGGGCUCGGCUCGGCCAGGCACGCCGGACGGUUCUGGCCUGUUCUUGAGCAAAUGCAGAGAGGAUCUGGGUGAGUUCGGUAGCUCUACCGCACGUCAGGAGGAAGCUGGUCUGGACAUGGACGAGGAGCCGCCGAAGAAGAAGCACCGAAGAAACCGAACAACCUUCACCACCUAUCAGCUCCACGAGUUGGAGAGGGCGUUCGAGAAGUCCCACUACCCCGAUGUGUACAGCAGGGAGGAGCUGGCUAUGAAGGUCAACUUGCCGGAGGUCCGAGUCCAGGUGUGGUUUCAAAACAGGAGGGCAAAGUGGAGAAGACAAGAGAAAAUUGAGGCCAGCACGAUGAAGUUGCAUGAUUCUCCCAUGCUGUCCUUCAACAGACCACCAAUGCCCUCCAGUGUCGGACCCAUGAGCAAUUCCCUCCCCCUGGAUCCCUGGUUGACAUCUCCCAUUUCUAAUGCAACCUCCAUCCACAGUAUACCGGGCUUCAUGGGGGCACCUCAAGGCUUGCAGACCAGUUACUCGGGUCACACAUUCUUAAACUCCCCUCCACCAAUGGCCCAGACAAUGCAGUCCAUUGGACCUCCGACUUACCAGUGUGCAACAACAUUUGUUGACAAGUAUCCUUUGGAAGAUGCAGACCAGAGAAGUUCUAGCAUUGCCUCCUUAAGGAUGAAAGCCAAGGAGCACAUUCAGUCCAUUGACAAAAGCUGGCAACCCAUCUGACAGAACAAUAUGAAAUGAGGACCAAUUGUAAUCUGACAAAUUCCAGGUUGGAAUAUUGAUGUGAUGGAUUCCUCCAGUUUCUACAUGACUUCGUAUAAUUAUGGACCAGUAGUCAUGACAACAAAUGCCUACAUCUUGAAUGCUAUUGGCAUAACCGGCAUCAUUUGAGAUACAAUACCAAUUGUGACUGGACUUAGAUACAAGCCAAAGGAUGAACUUUAUCUUUUCAUUAAUUAAGGUGAUAAUUUUGUGCUAAGGGAAUUUCCCAUUUUCUACAGUUUUUCACUAUUGUGAGGUUAUAGCAAAAUGUUGUCUUCCAUUCCUAUCCCAAAUAGAUAUGUUCAGAUAUGUAGCUAUGUGCAAUUUUUUUUUACCGUUAUUGAGGAACCUAGGCAAAGGACCAAACACCCAUAGUGCAGGACACUGCCAAGGUUAUAAGGAAUAGAAAAGGAGAUGAGCAAAGACAUAGUUAGGAGACACCAGGAGUUCUAAAGGCUUGUAGGUUAUAGAAUGUUAAUUUCCACAUUAUGAUCAUAGUACAUGUGGAGACCAGAAGGAGAUAAUAUGAAGGUCUUCUUUUAUUUCAGCAUAAGGAGAUGAAAAGAAGAUUGUUUGAUCUUUCACAUCGUGUUGUCUUAAAGAUUGUUUAAAAAAAGCAUUUAUUGCUUGAAAAGAACUGUCAACUUUAGCCAAUGAAAAACUUUUACAGUACUUGCUCAUUGGGUCUUAAAUUUGACUUCUUGCAAAUAAAUCUUAUUUUGAAUCUCAA